UUUCUUUCCUCUAUCGAAAGCGAAUUUUUUUGGUUGAAAUAAUCAAUCAAUCAAAUGAUAUACAGGUGAGCUAUCACUUCUGAAAGACAAGUAGUGUUGUAGGGUUGUAUAAUGUGAGGUAGGUUAUAGUGCAAAGGACCAGCGUUUCUUAAUACGUGCUUUGAAGUUUUUGUCCCGUUCUAGCAUUAGAGGGAUCCACAAUCUCUUUCUUAUUAUACUUCCAAGAGGAAAAGGGGAUGAUAUAGCUAGAUCAUUUUUAUUGGUUGUGUAUGUGUAAACCUACUUCUUCUGAUCUUCAUUCUACACCUUCCUGUAUGUGGCAAGAAAGAGAAGAAAGAAACCCCACCACCAUUCCAAUCCCACUAGUUUGUUGACGCACGCGUUCUUCCUUCAUUGGCUUAUGAAGCAAUAAUAAUGGUUAGUGAGACUAAAUUAGAGGUGUUCCUAUGUCCUCACUCAUAAUCAUUGCUUUGACCUAAAUGACCACCCAAAAAGUAGGUAAAAUAAGGCUGCGAAACAUCAUCCAUCUUGAUUAAUAGUUUCUACUUCCACAUAUCUCUUACUCCUUGCUCCUGCAUAUUUCCGCAAAUAAAAUAAUAAGAACGCCACACACUACUAGGGUUAGGGUUAGCCAACCCCAGGAGCAUUGACCUAUAUAUAGAUAGGCCUAUAGAAUUAUACCACCAAAUAUGUAUGUGUGUGCGCGUGUAGCCAUCAUCUAAUUCUUGUGGGUGAAAAUCUGAAAUCGAUAACUGAUUGUUAAGUCUGAGAUAUCUGCACGUAUACAUAGACGCAUAGGGUUUUUCAUUUUGAAGAAGAGAUCAGAGAUCGAUCGAGAAGGAUGAAGAAGAGACAGGUGGCGGUGAAGACUUCGUCAACGGUGAUAAGGAACGUAAGGUACGGGGAGUGCCAGAAGAAUCACGCGGCCAAUAUCGGAGGGUACGCGGUGGAUGGGUGCAGGGAGUUCAUGGCCAGUGCAGGGGAAGGAACCAGCGGCGCUCUCACGUGUGCUGCUUGUGGCUGCCACCGCAACUUCCACCGUAGGGAAGUGCAAACUGAGGUUGUCUGUGAGUACUCUCCUCCUCAUCAUCAAAACUGAAAUUGAAUUGAAUUUUUGUGCCUAUCGAAUUAAUUAACUAAUGAUUGAUUUUUUCGUUUCUUGUAAGCCUGGGUUACUAAUACAUAGAUUAAACAUCUCUAUAUAUAUUAUUCUUGUAAAACAAAAUUCUAUAUGAAAAUUGGUGGAUGGGAACCAUCUAUUUAUGCUUCUUUACUCUAACCAAUUGAUAGCCCAGCCAUGAUAUAUAUAUACCUUGUUAUGUUUGAAUUUAUAUUUGCUUUGAUGAGCUGGGGAAGAAGAAAAAGGGCUUAGCUUUCCCCGCAGUUUGGUUUCUUGUAUUGCACUUAAUGAGUGAGUUUUCAAAUUUGGUUCUGAUAGUGAUUUAUACU